AACCAACAGCUUAACCUAGAGUUUCUGGCACAAGAGAAGGCAGGCAACAGCGGAAGCAUCAACAAAAUGGUUCUCAAGACCGAGCUCUGCCGUUUUAGUGGUGCCAAGAUCUAUCCCGGGAGAGGAAUCAGAUUUAUCCGUAGUGAUUCACAGGUUUUCCUUUUCGUCAAUUCGAAAUGCAAAAGGUACUUCCAUAACAAGUUGAAGCCGUCUAAGCUUACUUGGACUGCGAUGUACCGGAAGCAACAUAAGAAGGACAUUGCACAAGAAGCUGCAAAGAAGAGGCGUAGAGCUACCAAGAAGCCUUACUCAAGGUCAAUUGUUGGUGCAACUUUGGAAGUUAUUCAGAAGAAGAGAUCUGAGAAGCCGGAGGUUCGUGAUGCUGCCAGAGAAGCUGCUCUUCGUGAAAUUAAGGAGAGGGUGAAGAAAACUAAGGAUGAGAAGAAAGCAAAGAAGGCGGAAAGUCAAGCUAAGGCACAAAAGGCUGUAGGAAAAGGGAAUGUUACCAAGGGUGCAUCAAAAGGUCCUAAGCUUGGUGGUGGAGGUGGAAAGCGCUAAACACUUGAGUGUAUUGGAUUUUUGGAUAGCUCUUUAAUAGAGUUUUGAAAUUUUUGCUUUGAUAAUUUAUUUGUUGGAUCAAUCCUGUAUUUUACUGUCCUGUCAAAACUUAUUUUGGAAGAUUUUGCAGUUGCUUAUUAGAUUUUCCUGGGGAUCAAAUUUGAAUUUGUAUGAAUUCUCUUCCAUGCUUUCUGUUA